GCCCAGGACCCUUCCUGGCCGAGAAGCCUGCGCCAAGGUUAUGUCGGGCGGCCGCGGCACGGUGCUCAGCUCCACUGCGGACGCCGCCGCUGGGCCCCGACCGCCCGGGAGGCGUCUGGGGCUCGCCCCGGAGCCUCCUCCCUGGAGCCGCGCCCUGCACCCGGCCUUGCCCGGCCCUAGCAGGGAAGCCAAGGCCUGUGGGGCGCAGGGACCCCGGCUCUGCGGGCGCCUGCACCUUCCCGCCCGGGCCGGAUUCUGGGAAGCCUCGCGCGGCUCCUCCGCAGCUGCCGCCCGCCCGGAGCGCCUGGGCCCUCCUAGGGGACCCCACUUCUCUCACACCGCGUUGGGUUCCCGGGGCCUACUGCGAGGCCUCUAACUCGGGGAGAGACCCUGGAGCGGGGUGUGGGAGAACGGUUUGCAGGAAGGGCUCCGAGCACUCCGAAAUUAUAAACCGUGGUCCCAAAGAGGCGUGCGGUGUCUGCAUUUUCCUGGGAGUGCGCAGUUUACACUACAUUCUGUAAAGCCGUGCUGCUGUCCACUAGAAAUACUGUGCGAUACACAUGUACAAGUUUUGUCGCUUAAAAAGAAUUUGAAAAAAAACUUGAUGAACAUGGCAUAGAUGCAAGAAAAACACCGUUAUUAUAGAAUACGCAUUCGUGGAAUGCAUUGAAGGGUUGUUAACAAGAUGGGUAGGCAGGAAAUAUCGCAGACCUAGAAUGAAUUGCAGCUACUUACUGUGGAACUGAGGAGCUAAGGUUUCUUAUUAUUAAACUCCCUGAUAGAAGACGACUUCUGAUAAAAUUUUUCUUUUUGCCUCAACAAAAUCAAGUGUGUGGUGAAGACAAACAGUUGGGGUGAUGUGUACCAAAGUAAGGAAAGUGUUGACCACACACUAGGGGCUGGCUAGUGUUAGAUUCCCUUGUUCUUCCCUCUGUCAGAAACAGAUCUAAUUUAGGUUUAUAUAAAGACAAAGUAUCAAGGUAAGGUGACUUACAGUUGGUAGUACUAACAGUUUUUGAACUAAGAUUUGCAUUAUUAAUGCAUAAAAACAAAACAUCAAUAAAUAACAAAAAGCUUGGAAUUCAGACAACAGAUCCAAGUCUGGGCUUUAUCUCAAGCUAGUGUUUUGGUGUUGAAACAAAUGUUAUUUGGUCUUUCUAACCCCGUUUCCUUAUCUAAAAUUGGGGAUGAUGAUAAAUUCACUGAUAUUAAGUGCUAAAUGAGAUUCUUGAGGAGUCAGAAUGGUUCUAACAUAUGUAGGUAUUAUUGGCAGUCAUAUUGCAGCAUAAGAAAAUGCCAUCUGCUGGAUGAGGGACAAUAAAAGUUACCUACAUGAUCAUCGUUUAAAAGCUACCAGAUAUAGGAAGAAGGGGCCGUAAAAUGAUAACGCUAUGAUGAUUAAUUUUGAUGCUUAGGUCAGAGUCCAUUCUAGGACAUCUCCUGCCCAAAAAGAGCAGAGACUCAUUUCUUUGGAAUCACAGGACAGUGAGAGGACAGAAAAAGAAAAAUACUUAAGUCACAUAUGUGAUUUCUAAAAGUAAAAGGAAACAGAUGAAAUGAGUGAUAUAUUUUUAAAUCCAGGAUAUCCCAAAUAUGGUUAUUUUAGCAUGUAAUCAAUAUAAAAUAAUAAGAGAUUUUACAUUCUUUUUUUCUAGUCUUUGAAAUUUGGUGCGUAUUUUACACUUACGGCACAUCUCAGUUCGGACUAUCCACAUUUCAAGUGCUCAGUGGCUGCAUGUGCCUGGUGGCUACCAUGUUGGACAGCACAGGCACCAUGACUCCUGUGAGGACGCAGCACUCCCUGGCGGGUCAGACCUAUGCCGUGCCCCUCAUCCAGCCUGACCUGCGGCGAGAGGAGGCCGUCCAGCAGAUGGCGGAUGCCCUGCAGUACCUGCAGAAGGUCUCUGGAGACAUCUUCAGCAGGAUCUCCCAGCGGGUAGAGCAGAGCCGGAGCCAGGUGCAGGCCAUUGGAGAGAAGGUCUCCUUGGCCCAGGCCAAGAUUGAGAAGAUCAAGGGCAGCAAGAAGGCCAUCAAGGUGUUCUCCAGUGCCAAGUACCCUGCUCCAGAGCGCCUGCAGGAAUAUGGCUCCAUCUUCACAGGCGCCCAGGACCCUGGCCUGCAGAGACGCCCCCGCCACAGGAUCCAGAGCAAGCACCGCCCUCUGGACGAGCAGGCCCUGCAGGAGAAGCUGAAGUACUUUCCUGUGUGUGUGAGCGCCAAGCCGGAGCCUGAGGAUGACGCAGAAGAGGGACUUGGGGGUCUUCCCAGCAACAUCAGCUCUGUCAGCUCCUUGCUGCUCUUCAACACCACCGAGAACCUGUACAAGAAGUAUGUCUUCCUGGACCCCCUGGCUGGUGCUGUAACAAAGACCCAUGUGAUGCUGGGGGCAGAGACAGAGGAGAAGCUGUUUGAUGCCCCCUUGUCCAUCAGCAAGAGAGAGCAGCUGGAACAGCAGGUCCCAGAGAACUACUUCUAUGUGCCAGACCUGGGCCAGGUGCCUGAGAUUGAUGUGCCAUCCUACCUGCCUGACCUGCCCGGCAUUGCCAACGACCUCAUGUACAGUGCCGACCUGGGCCCCGGCAUUGCCCCCUCUGCCCCUGGCACCAUUCCAGAACUGCCCACCUUCCACACUGAGGUAGCUGAGCCUCUCAAGACAGACCUAGAAGAUGGGGUACUAGCAGCACCCCCACCACCUCCACCGCCCCCACCACCUCCCCCAGCUCCUGAGGUGCUGGCCAGUGCACCCCCGCUCCCACCCUCGACCGCGGCCCCUGUAGGCCAAGGCGCCAGGCAGGACAACAGCAGCAGCGCGUCUCCUUCAGCUCCAGUCCAGGGAGCUCCCAAGGAAGUGGUCGACCCCUCUGGUGGCCGAGCCACUCUGCUAGAGUCCAUCCGCCAAGCUGGGGGCAUCGGCAAGGCCAAACUGCGCAGCGUGAAGGAGCGAAAGCUGGAGAAGAAGAAGCAGAAGGAGCAGGAGCAAGUGAGAGCCACGAGCCAAGGUGGGGACCUGAUGUCGGAUCUCUUCAACAAGCUGGUCAUGAGGCGCAAGGGCAUCUCUGGGAAAGGACCCGGGGCUGGUGAGGGGCCCGGAGGAGCCUUUGCCCGCGUGUCAGACUCCAUCCCUCCUCUGCCACCACCGCAGCAGCCACAGGCAGAGGAGGACGAGGACGACUGGGAAUCCUAGGGGGCUCCAUGACACCUUCCUCCCCCAGACCCAGACUUGGGCUGUUGCUCUGACAUGGACAUAGCCAGGAUAAGCCGCUCAGACCUGCUUCCCUGGGAGCGGGUGGUGAUGGAACCAGCACCCAGCACUGUGCGGAGACCACCUGCAAGGAGCGGAAGGCUGGCCUGAGGCCACACGGCUGGGGCAGGGGCUUCUGUCUGCCUGUGCUCCACGGGGGGCGGCUCCACCCAGCCUGCACCAGUGUGUUCUCUUCUCUAAAGAGGCUUCCAGAGAAAGCAGCACACAAAUCAAUAAGGAGCUGAGCAGAAACCAACAGUGUGCUUUUAAUAAAGGACCUCUAGCUGUGCAGGA